UAUUUUGUUAAGCCAACCGGAAAAGAAAACAGUUUGGCGUGCGCGCCCGCCUCUCCAUUCUUCUUCUUCUUCAUCUUCGAUAUCGCCGUGUAAAGCUUAAACCUUUGCAAAACUUUCUUCUUCUUCUACUAGGGUUCACAGAAAAACUGCAGACCAAAACGACGUCGCUCUCCGCACAAACAAUCACAGCAGAGAGAGAAGAAAGAGAAAAUGGUGACUCUGGUGGUGGCGACGAGCUCCGAUCCGGCCUCCAUCAACCCCUUGAAUGCUCUCCUCGCCAUGCCCGGGUGGAACCCUUGCCCUUCCUUACAGGAUAUGAAGAGCUUCGCGAAUGGAGAAGUUAGGGUUUUGGAGCACGAGAAGAGCAUAGUGAGAGAAGAUAACUUGGACAAGCGGUGGGAGGACGCCACCGGCGAGGUCGUCGACGAAGUCAUCUUCUUUAGCAAACACACCGCCGUCUCCAACCGACCCGCUCUCACUGUUCAUCCCAUCGGGGUCCCCCAUUUGCGUGAAGGAGAUGUUGCUCCUCAAGGCGGGAGGCCCGGGUGGGCUGCGCCACCUAAUCCUAGGAUGGGGCCAUGGCUUAGACUCUUGAAGAAGAUUGCAGAAUCUCGUAACCUAGUUCCUGAGUUUGAGAUUACUCUGGAGGGUACUCAUCACGGACCUGAGACGAAUAAGCCAACCAUGUUUCUAGAGAUUGGAAGUACAGAGGAGUAUUGGAAGAGGCAAGAUGCAUCGGAAGUUAUGGCUCAGCUGGUCUGGAGAGGACUGGGACUUGGAGGGGAAGCUGAUGUGGGAAACUGGAGCAGGGAGAAUUAUAAGAAGAAAGUCCUUCUUGGGAUAGGUGGUGGGCAUUACGCACCCCGGCAUAUGGAUAUAGUUCUGAAAGAUGGUAUUUGGGUGGGCCAUCUACUUUCGGGAUAUUCUCUGCCUAUGGAAGAUCCAAACCAGUCAAAAGCAGGAAAAAGUGCUGAAGGUAUUGGUGGGACUUGGAGAGAAGCAAUCAAAGCAGCCUUUGAGGCAACAAGACUGGGAUUCCCUGGUGGGGAAAUUAUUGCCCAUCUUGAUCACAAGAGUUUCAAGAGCUGGCAGAAGAAUGCCAUAAUAGGUUUCUUGGGAGAUCAGAACAUUAAAAUCGGAAAACCGAACGAUUUUUUCCGAAGUUGAUGAAUAAAUUAUGCUGAGCAUGCUCUCCGCACAUACGACUGAUGAUAGUCUGACAGAUUGAACAACCUACAUAGCAGACACAUCGCUUAUUUACUUACACACCCAACAGGGUCAUCUACUCAUUGCUGUAGCUGAAGAAUGCAUGGAAGAACUCCAUCAAGAUGAUUAUCCAUUGCAAUACUUGGUAGUAUUGGCUUUGUGUGGUUUCUUUUGGUUAAUGGGUUCAUAGACUAGUUAUACACUUAUUUAUCAGAAAUAUUUGGGACUGCUU